CUCAUUUUAUAUUCCAAUCACAUUUUCAAUAUUAAGCAUUAAUCUGUGAUUAAUACGUUAGUAAAAGUGUGUUGCAUCAUCUUAUGUGUGAAUGUCAUUGAAUUGCAUAAGUGUUACAUAACUUGACAAUUAGGUUUUGAGUUGUAUAAACGUAUUACAUGAUAUUUAUUUUAAGAUUGUUUGAUGCAUUUUGUUUAAUGACGUCAAAUGGAGUUCCAUACUGACUGACAUUUAUAAUGAAGAAGAGCCUGUAAAGCAGAGAUAACUAUUCAUUAAACGGAAUAUACCCACUGUGACAUAAAAUAAGAAAAGAGAACUCUUCGUUAACCAUUUCAUUAACACAUCAUUUGCAUAGAAUCUUUCAUUUAACAGGCAAAUGAUAUGAUCUAGUGAGCUUGUAAUCCAUUUUUAUUCUGAUAGCAGGCAUGAACAAUGAAUCAUUUGAAUAGCUUUAUUUCAACUAUUCCCUCAUAUUUUAUUAAUAAGUAGUAUCAUUCAGUAUGUUUGACUUGUGUUUAGAAGUACAUUCAUAUGACAAUGACAUUUAAAUAUUACACUAUUUCAUUUUGAUCUAUUUUGUAGUUGGACUGCUUUAGCGUUAGCAAUGUUGAUUAUUUUCUAUCGAAAAAUAAGAGAUGAACAUCCAUUAAAUAUUUUUAUUCUGGUUAUUUACUCGAUAUUGAUCGGUACAGCGAUUGGAAUUGCUGUUUUAAAUUUAUGCUUCCACGUGAAAGUUACUGCCAUCGCAAUCACAUUGAUAUAUUUUAUUUGUUCCAUAUUAAGUGGAGCUGCAAUCCGAACACGAUUAGCUGAUCAUUUCCUGUUAAUUCUAACGUGUAUUGUGAUUCUUUCCAUUGCUUUUGUUGCAGCCGCGAUCGUAUUUUAUGUUUUAAAAAAAUGGGUUGCUGUGAUCGCUCUCCAUGUAGGUGCUGAAAUAUUAUUAUUUCUUAUAACAAUCUGUUUCAGUCAAUUUACUGUUGGAAAAUCACAAGUCCGGAUCUCCUUCCCACAUUGGACGUUAGCAGUAUUAGUACUAUAUAGUCUCUUUUGCAUCGAUUUAUCAAAUAGUUUAUAUUUGAUAGACAUUAUUAACAUCAUUACAUUCAAUAAGACGAAUUGCUCAUUGUGUAAUAGUUCUACUGUUAAUAAGGAGAUAAAUGUGACCCUGCUGAAACUAGAUUUGUGUUCAAGUACAAAUAGAUCUACAGGAAGAUUUUUCACUUAGACAUUUCCAAUCUGUUCAAUUUUGUAUCGUC